CCAGACCGGCUGUAAACUGCCCCUGAUCAACAUCUGCUGCCCUCUCCAGGGGUUGGGUACUUCCCAAGCUGGAUCUACCCUUUCUGUGUUUGGGGUCACCCAGAGGUCUUCAUGUUUCUGGAAUCUCAUGGAAGUUUAAGUCCGGUGCAGUUCAUCAGCCGCUGCGUCUCAUCCGUCAGAGUUCAGGCAAAUGGCACAAUGUGGAGUAUUCAGAAAGGGUGCCUGCCCACCCGGCAGCCUCUGCUGAGGGUCUGCUCUGGGGCCUGCUCUAGCCUCUGUCACUCAGGCUCCCAGGUUGGAGGGAAAAAUGACAGCGUUCCAAGGACAGGCCCGGACCCUGAAGAUUCAGAUUGGACCCUGCCCUGGGACGUGCCAGCUGCAUCUCCACACGGGAUGCUGACACAGAUGAUAUUAACCGUGUUCUUGAGCAACAAUGAACAGAUUUUAACAGAAGUUCCUAUAACACCAGAAACCACCUGUCGAGAUGUUGUAGAAUUCUGCAAGGAACCUGGAGAGGGCGGUUGCCACCUGGCCGAAGUGUGGAGAGGAAGUGAGCGUCCCAUUCCCUAUGACCACAUGAUGUAUGAGCACCUGCAGAAGUGGGGUCCUCGCAGAGAAGAAGUAAAAUUUUUUCUUCGUCAUGAGGAUUCUCCAACUGAGAGCAGUGAACAAGGUGCCCGUCAGACCCAAGAGCAGAGAACUCAGAGAAAUGUAAUAAAUGUACCUGGAGAAAAGCGCACUGAAAAUGGGGUUGGGAAUCCACGUGUUGAACUUACCCUCUCAGAACUUCAAGAUAUGGCAGCCAGGCAGCAGCAGCAAAUUGAAAAUCAACAGCAAAUGUUGGUUGCCAAGGAACAGCGUUUACAUUUUCUAAAGCAACAGGAGCGCCGCCAGCAGCAGUCCAUUUCUGAAAAUGAGAAGCUUCAGAAACUGAAAGAACGAGUUGAAGCCCAGGAAAACAAGCUGAAGAAGAUCCGUGCCAUGAGAGGACAAGUCGACUACAGCAAGAUCAUGAACGGCAAUCUGUCUGCUGAGAUAGAAAGGUUCAGUGCCAUGUUCCAGGAAAAGAAGCAGGAAGUUCAGACUGCAAUCUUACGAGUUGAUCAGCUUAGUCAGCAACUAGAAGAUUUAAAGAAAGGAAAACUGAAUGGGUUCCAGUCAUACAAUGGCAGGUUGACAGGGCCAGCAGCAGUGGAGUUAAAACGACUCUAUCAAGAGCUGCAGAUUCGUAACCAGCUUAAUCAGGAACAGAAUUCCAAGCUUCAGCAGCAGAAGGAGCUCUUGAACAAACGCAACAUGGAAGUGGCCAUGAUGGAUAAGCGGAUCAGUGAGCUCCGAGAGCGCCUUUACGGCAAGAAAAUCCAGCUGAACCGUGUGAAUGGCACAUCGUCACCACAGUCACCCCUGAGCACGUCUGGCCGGGUCGCUGCUGUGGGUCCUUAUAUCCAGGUUCCCAAUACUGGGGGGUUUCCUCUCCCAGGGGACCCUGUGAAGCCCCAGUCUCUCACCAUUGCCUCAAGUGCUGCCCACGGAAGAUCCAAAUCUGCUAAUGAUGGAAACUGGCCAACAUUAAAGCAGAAUUCUGCUUCAGUGAAGUCAACUCAGAUGGCUGGAGACUGGAAGGACUCAAGCAUGGAGGGGACCCUAAAGCAAGGUGCCAUCUCAAGCCAGCCUUUGCCCUUGUCCGCACUGGGAGCUACAGAAAAGCUGGGCAUCGAGAUUGGCAAAGGGCCACCUCCCAUACCUGGUGUAGGCAAGCCACUGCCCCCAAGUUAUGGGACAUAUCCAAGUCCUGGGCCCCUGGGCCCAGGAUCAACAAGCUCUCUGGAGAGGAGGAAAGAAGGAAGCUUGCCCAGACCUGGUGCAGGCCCACCAAGUCGGCAGAAACCUGCCCCGCUGCCCCCAGCAGGCAACGCUCCCCAGCCUGGCUCCUCACAGCAGAUUCAGCAGAGGAUCUCAGUGCCACCAAGUCCCACAUACCCACCAGCGGGGCCACCUGCCUUUCCAACUGCAGAUGGAAAACCUGAGCUUCCACUCACAGUGGCCAUUAGGCCUUUUCUGCCUGAUAAAGGGUCAAGGCCGCAAUCUCCCAGGAAAGGGCCUCAGACAGUCAAUUCCAGCUCUAUAUACUCCAUGUACCUCCAGCAAGCCACACCACCUAAGAAUUACCAGCCACCAGCGCAUGGCACCUUAAAUAAGUCAGUUAAAGCAGUAUAUGGUAAGCCUGUCCUACCGUCAGGGUCAGCAUCUCCAUCACCCUUACCGUUUCUUCAUGGGUCACUGGGCACAGGCACAGCACAGCCUCAGCCACCUUCAGAAUGUGCGGAGAAAGAGCCAGAACAGGAAGGCCCCAGUGUCCCUGGAGAAGGCAACACGGUGGAGAGCCUGCCACGGCCGCUCAGUCCCACCAAACUCACACCCAUCGUACAUUCCCCACUCCGUUAUCAGAGCGAUGCAGACCUGGAAGCUCUUCGCAGGAAGCUGGCCAACGCACCCCGACCCCUGAAGAAGCGCAGCUCUAUCACAGAGCCAGAGGGCCCUGGAGGGCCCAACAUUCAAAAGUUGCUUUAUCAACGCUUCAACACCCUGGCUGGUGGCAUGGAGGGUACCCCUUUCUACCAGCCCAGCCCUUCACAGGACUUCGUGGGCACCUUAGCUGAUGUGGACAAUGGAAACACCAAUGCCAAUGGCAACUUGGAUGAGCCUUUCCCUCCCCGGCCCACGGCCCCACUUCCUGAUGAGCUUGCCCCAUCCUCAGAUGCCAAUGAUAAUGAAUUACCUUCCCCUGAGCCAGAGGAGCUCAUUUGUCCCCAAACAACUCAUCAAACUGCUGAGACCGCUGAAGACAAUAACAACAAUGUGGCCACAGUACCCUCCACAGAACAGAUCCCAAGUCCUGUGGCUGAGGCUCCUUCAGAGGAGGAUCAAGUCCCUCCAGCACCUCUCUCCCCUGCCAUCCAUCCUCCAGCAGCAUCUGCGAGCAAGCGGACCAACCUGAAGAAGCCUAACUCAGAACGGACAGGACAUGGGCUAAGAGUACGCUUCAACCCCCUAGCGCUGCUUCUAGAUGCUUCUCUUGAAGGAGAGUUUGAUCUAGUGCAGAGGAUCAUCUAUGAGGUGGAGGACCCUAGCAAACCCAAUGAUGAAGGGAUCACCCCCCUACACAAUGCUGUCUGUGCUGGCCACCACCAUAUCGUGAAGUUUCUGCUGGACUUUGGUGUCAAUGUGAAUGCUGCAGACAGUGAUGGAUGGACACCACUGCAUUGUGCUGCCUCUUGCAACAGUGUCCACCUCUGCAAGCAGCUGGUGGAAAGUGGAGCCGCUAUCUUUGCCUCCACCAUCAGUGACAUUGAGACUGCAGCAGACAAGUGUGAAGAGAUGGAAGAAGGGUACAUCCAGUGUUCCCAGUUUCUAUAUGGGGUACAAGAGAAGCUGGGAGUGAUGAACAAAGGCACUGUGUAUGCUUUGUGGGACUAUGAGGCCCAGAACAGCGAUGAGCUGUCCUUCCAUGAAGGGGAUGCCAUCACCAUCCUGAGGCGCAAAGAUGAAAACGAGACCGAGUGGUGGUGGGCUCGUCUUGGCGACCGGGAGGGCUAUGUGCCCAAAAACUUGCUAGGGUUGUAUCCACGGAUCAAACCCCGGCAGCGAACACUUGCCUGAACCCCUGGAGUACCAUAGUCUCAUUUGCUCCCAGGCACUACUGGAGAAGGUUCCAGCUGCCCUGGAAAACCUGAAGCUAGGAUGGUCUCAUGGUGCUCACUUUAGCUGACAGUAUCCACAAUGUGAAUCCAACUUCCCAGGGGAGGCCCUUCUCCAGUCUGCAGUAACUGGGAGAAGUCCUUUUGCCUUCAGAGGACUGCAUUUUUGCCAAUUACUGUAAAUCCAAAUAAAUACCCAGCUUCCAAAACAUCCAGCCCUUUUGCCAGUAAGAAGUUGUAACUAUGAACCUUGACUGUUGCCAGUAAAGACAAAAGCUCCGACUUGGCCCAAAGGCCCCUCCUCACGUUAAAUGUCUCAGACCUUCAGCAAGAGCAAGCUGCUACCAGGUGGCUUUGGCUACCCCUUCUUGGAAAGCCUCAAACCAUCAUCCCUUCUCACAUUGCCUCUCACUACCAAAGGAGCCCAUUUGGAAACUGCUAUUUCAUUACCUGAUGACGUUCUGCUGUGGCUGGACUUGCAUGCCUCAGCACAAGGGGUUCUCUGAUUCCUAUAGCUUCUAGCUGCACAGUCUCACUUUUAUUCUCCCCUUUUUGGCAUACACUCAUCUAUUCUGAGUAGCUAAGACAUGGGAGUCUGGGCAAAGCCCAGUUCAGGAAAGCCACCUGGCAGCCUGGGAUGCUGUCACUGUGGCUGCAUUCCAAGCAAGGCAGGCUGUUCUGUAGCGUGACCUCUGUACACAGGCUUUUUACAGCAGGACUAUUUUUCAACCAGGCCAUUGAAAACUAACAGAACUGUGCUGCCAAUGUUUCUUCUCAUCGGAACACAAGCCCUUAGGCUUUAUUUUUCAUGUAAGUCUUGUGCAUAUCCGUGUAAAUCCGUGUAGGCUCUGGGAGCAGUGCUGUGGUCCACUGCCUUGUGUUGAUCGCACAGGGUGGUGGAACCAAAAGUGAUGCCAUCCCACCGCCACUGAUGCUGUGUGACGUGCACAAUAAACUGCUGUCUCACACCUG